GGGGCUCGGAACAGUAAGUAUUCCCGAUUUCUUUUAGGAGGAUCUGUUGGGAAGCCUAGUAAUUGGUUGGCAAUGGCCGGAAGAGGGAAAGCCAUCGGAUCAGGAGCUUCAAAGAAAGCUACAUCGAGGAGCAGCAAGGCAGGGCUUCAGUUUCCCGUUGGUCGUAUUGCUCGUUUUCUCAAGGCUGGCAAGUACGCAGAGCGCGUUGGCGCUGGUGCUCCAGUCUACCUCGCCGCUGUCCUCGAAUACCUUGCAGCCGAGGUCCUGGAAUUGGCAGGCAACGCAGCAAGGGAUAACAAAAAAACAAGAAUUGUUCCAAGGCACAUCCAACUGGCUGUGAGGAACGAUGAGGAGUUGUCCAAGUUGCUUGGGACAGUAACUAUUGCCAAUGGUGGAGUAAUGCCCAACAUCCAUAACCUUCUCCUCCCAAAGAAGGUUGGUGGUUCAUCCAAACCUGGUUCGGCAGAAGAGGAAUGACAUAGUUAUAAUACUAUCGUUAUUUCUUCUUUUAAGAUGCUGGAGUUGGUUCUGUAAAUCAGUGAUGUGGUUUAUAUAUCUGAUUAGGUCAAAUUGCUUUCUUUGUAGUCCCUCUUUUGUAGUUGAUCUGCUACUGUUAGUUUUAAAAAUGCCAGCCCUUUUUUGUUUCAUUUUUA